ACACGACAACACACGCUUGCCGCUCGCACGUCCGACCAAUAGGAUUGGGUUUAGAGUGCGCGCGCUGCAAUAGGCGGGAGGCAGAGGGGCGGCUCGCGCAAGGCGGGAGAGCGCGGGUUUGAAUCGGGCGCCGCGCGCGCGGAGAAGAUCCGUUGGGUUCAAAAAAAAGUCGAAUUCGCGCGAAACUUUUUUUCCCCUCCUUUUCCCCCUCGAUAGUGAGUAGGAGACGUAGGGGAUAGACCCACCGCGUCCAUUCUGAAUACUAGUUGGCAUUUUACGAGUGACUGAAAAUGUGGAUCCAGGUGCGGACGAUGGACGGCAGGGAGACCCGGCACAUUGAUGGACUCUCCAAACUGACUCUAGUGCAGGAAUUAAGGGAAAAAAUCCGGGAGGCGUUUGGGGUGGAGGCCGAUCGCCAGCGGCUUUUCUACCGGGGAAAGCAGAUGGAAGAUGACCAUUCACUUUUCGACUACAAUGUUGGGCUAAAUGACAUCAUCCAGCUGCUUAUUCGCCAGGUUGGUCAAAUUGUACAAAAGGGCACAACCAGAAAAGAGAAAGAUGCGGAGCUGUCUGACACAGACUCUGGUUGUGGAUCUGCACAGAGUGAAUCAGAUAAGAACUCUAAUAAUGGUGAGGCUACUAUGGAACUGGAAGGCCAGGCAGGAACUUCAACUCAUCCUGAUCUUGUUGACCCAGGAUUUGGCUUGUACAAGAUAAAUGAAUUGAUUGAUGCCCGAGAUAUGCACAUGGGUGCUUGGUUUGAAGCGGUGAUUGUCAAUGUAACGCAGGAUGAAGGUGCAAGCAGAGCUAUUGAUGAAGAAUCUGCACAUUCAAGCAAAACUAUGGAAAGCAAGAUUGCCAAUGAAGAUGUGAUUUAUCACAUUAAAUAUGAAGAUUACCCUGAAAAUGGAGUUGUGCAGUUGCGAUGGAAAGACAUCAGGCCGCGAGCGAGGACAGUCUUGCAAUGGCACCAACUCCAUGUUGGACAUGUGGUGAUGGUGAACUAUAACCCAGAUGAACCUAAAGAGCGAGGAUACUGGUAUGACGCUGAAAUCCUGCGGAAAAGGGAGACCAGGACUAUUAAAGAAAUAUAUGCAAAAAUUCUUUUGGGGGAUGCUGGUGAUACUUUGAAUGAUUGUAAAAUCUCACUGGUGGAUGAAGUCUAUAAGAUUGAGGAACCAGGAAGUGUUGGAGUGGAUGCAUCUGAGAGUCCCUUGAAAAGGCAGAAUGGACCUGAAUGCAAACAUUGCAAAGAUAACCCUAAUAAGGACUGCAAGCAGUGUGCCUGUCAUGUAUGUGGUGGAAAGGGUGACCCAGAGAAGCAACUGUUGUGUGAUGAGUGUGAUAUGGCCUACCAUACCUACUGCCUGAGUCCUCCUCUCACUAGCAUACCAGAAGUUGAUGACUGGUAUUGUCCUCUAUGCAAAAAUGAUGCCAAUGAAGUGGUGCUGGCUGGUGAAAAACUCAAAGAGAGCAAAAAGAAGGCCAAGAUGGCUUCUGCUAACUCUGCUUGCCAGAGAGACUGGGGAAAGGGUAUGGCUUGUGUGGGCCGCACUAAAGAGUGCACCAUUGUCCCCUCUAAUCAUUAUGGGCCUAUCCCAGGUGUUCCAGUGGGAACUCAGUGGAAAUUCAGAGUCCAGGUGAGUGAAUCAGGAGUUCAUAGGCCACAUGUAGCAGGAAUUCAUGGCCGGAGCAAUGAUGGAGCAUAUUCCCUCGUGCUUGCAGGGGGUUAUGAGGAUGAUGUGGAUCAUGGAAGUGACUUCACCUACACUGGAAGUGGUGGUCGUGAUCUUUCUGGAAACAAACGCACAGCAGAGCAAUCAUGUGAUCAGAAGUUGACCAACAUGAAUAGGGCUCUUGCUCUGAACUGUAAUGCUCCCAUUAAUGACAAAGUGGGAGCUGAUGCUAAAGACUGGCGAGCUGGAAAAUCAGUGAGGGUUGUGAGAAGUGCUAAAGGUCGUAAACACAGCAAGUUUGCACCAGAAGAAGGGAACCGCUAUGAUGGCAUUUAUAAGGUGGUGAAAUACUGGCCUGAGAAGGGGAAGUCUGGUUUCUUGGUAUGGAGGUAUUUGUUGAAACGAGAUGAUGAAGAACCAGCUCCAUGGACGAGAGAAGGUAAAGAGAGAAUGAAGAAGCUAGGAUUGACAAUGCAGUAUCCGGAAGGUUACCUGGAUUCUGUUGCCAAUAAAGAGAAAGAGAAGGAGAACAAAAAGAGAGAUGAAGAUCUUGAGCCAACACCAAGUAAAAGGAAAAGAAAAUCAAAUUCAGAUGUUAGCGUUUCAUCAACCCCAUCACCAAAAGGCACCCCAAAGAAACCAAAAGUGGAAGCAUUUAAAUUGACGGCAGAACAGAAGAAACUCAUAAAAGAUGAUGAAGUUAAUAAGAAAGUGUGGGAUGAAGCACUGCUAUCCCUUAAGGAUGGGCCGAAAUUUCUGUCUAAAUUGGAAGAGACAUUCUUGUGCAUUUGUUGCCAGGAGGUGGUAUUCCAACCAAUUACAACAGAGUGUCAGCACAAUGUCUGUAAAAGCUGCUUACAACGUUCGUUCAAGGCUGAUGUAUACACUUGUCCUGCCUGCCGCUAUGAUAUCGGCAAGAACUGCAGCAUGGUGGUCAACAAAUGCCUGCAAAGUCUUCUAACCCAGCUGUUCCCAGGAUAUGGCAACGGACGAUGAUGCCUUCGCCUUGAGAUUAUUUCUUGCCUUUUACUUGACAAUUCGUCAUUAUUUUGUUAUGAGCAUGGGCAUUCUGGCCUGUGGAGCUUGACUGGAGGACAGAUUGACAAAUGAAUCCAGGGUAGCUGACUUCCCGUCCCCAAUCUUUCAGUGUAGGAUAUACGAACCUCAAAAUCUUUGUGCUUGUUUUAGUCUAGGAGCUUAUCUUAGAUAUGCAGAUCAAUGUUAUUGGUGUAACAUUGCAGGGGAAAAAAAAAUUAAAAAAGUACUACCUCAAAUUGGGGGAAAUUUUCUGGGGAUUUUCUUUGGCCAGAGUAAGUUCAGCUGAAUGAUGUCUGUCUAGUCAGCCUUGAUUCUCUCUGCUUGAUAAGUUAAGCCAUCACAUAAGUGCCUUUGUCCUCAUUGAAGGCUGGGCUGUGAGUGACUUCCUAGCACUGAUUUUAUUUUAAAACUAGCACAUUGGUUGACAAACUUAGCUGUGCAGAUCAAUUUAUCAAAGUUAUUUUAGCAGGGAAUAUGCAGCUUUAUUGAUGCUGUAUUUUUAUAGACCAGUAACCUCUUAUUUGGUUUGAUUCAGAAUUGUACACACGUCUCUUUUUUAUGCUUUUGAACUGUUAAAUAUCUUUUUCCCACCCUGGUUAACUGUGAAAAGCAAUCCUUUAUUAAUUGAAAUUUGUGAAAGGGGAUGUAACCUGGGCAAAAGGGGACCUGCAAUCUACAUGUUUGUACUUGUAAAUUAAUUUUUUUCCACAGGCACCCUCUUUCUCUAAUGACAAUACCAAAGGAUGCAGUAUGGUACCUCAACAUUGCAUGGACAUCGUUUCAUACUUCAGAAUUUAGGUUUAAAUGGAGUCAGACUGGACAUAUUCUAACAAUUAAUUUCUUUGUAAAAAAAAACGUUAAGGGUGCUAAAUCAUAACUGAAAUGCUGUGGGACUUUGAACCUCCAUCGGAAUCUUUCACUUGGUAAAUGCUGUGUCUAUAUGCUGCCAUAAAAUAAAGUUUUUUUUUGCUUUUCA